GGUUUUUCUUGCGUAGGUAAAGAAAUACGACCUCAUAUCAGCUGAUGGAGACACACUAAAAAUACGCUUCUACGACAUAAGGGGUUUUGAAAGUGGAAGAGAGAAUGCAAAAGAGCUUGAACUUCUAAUAGAUGGACGGCUUCCUGAAAACUAUCAAUUUCCGGAAAAGUUCAAUCCAGAUGAUGUCAUAGAAGAAAGACCAAAUCCAACAUUAAAUGAGCAAAUACAUUUAAUCUGCUUUGUAGAAGAAAAUUCAGACUUUGAUAAAUAUACUGUUGCGCAUAAGGAACAAAUCAAUGGAAUCAACCGUAUUAUCUGUAAUAAAGGAUUACCAAUGGUUGUAAUUGCAACAAAAUUUGACAAGCUCUGUCCUAAGAUAUCCGAGAAUGUUGCUCACCUUUUUAAAAGUCCAAAAGCAAAAAAAGCAGUCGACGCAAUUGCUGGCUUCCAUGGAGUUAAUAAAAACCAAGUGCUUCCCGUGGUAAAUUAUACUGAUGAAGAAGAAGGUCUAGAUGCAAAAGAUCAGCUGGCGUUGAAAGCUCUCAAUAGGAUAUAUCAAUUAAUAGAGGGUUAUUUAACACAUCAUCCAGACAUAAAAUUUGUCCCUGAUGGUUGGAAAGAUCGUGAAGAUGCGUUGCCUGUCUGGAAGGAUGAUGUUGAAAAAGGAAAUCAAUUGAGUGAGAAAUUGACACCCUUUGAUGACAGGAACCUACGGAUCCUGUUGGUUGGUCCUGUUGAUAGUGGUAAAUCGAGUUUUAUCGAUUCGGUUCAAUCUGCGCUUCGUAGUAAAAUUACUGCAGAUGCCAGCAUUAGAUUUGCGAGGACAACACCGGAAAACCUUUCCUCUACAACAGAAAAGUUCAAGCUCUUUCCCGUUGAUUAUGUCGACAACGAUACAGGCUUAUUACGGAGGAGUGGUAUACGUCUAGGUGAUACACCUGGUUUUCAAGAACAAGAUGGCAUCAAAGAAGAUCAUGUCAAGUUCAUAAUUAGUGGAAAUGUGCCCGAUUGCUAUAAAAUCAUAAAUGGAAUUCAAGAUACACAAGAUGACUUCCAGAGAAACCCGCUACCAGGUGACAAAAUACACUGCGUUUGUUUUGUUUUCGACUGUGAGAAAGUACAAAAAGGCUUUACAGAAAGUAUAAAAACGUCCAUGAAGAGGUUGCAACAAAUGAUCGUUGAACAAGGUUGUCCGCAUAUAGUGCUCUUAACAAAAUGCGACAAAGUAAGCAAUUCGUUGAAAACUGGCAGACGGAGAAUUUUUGAUGACGGAAAUGUGAGGGGAUGCAAGGACAGACUCAUGACAGAGUUCUAUUUCAAACAACAACAGAUAUAUCCUAUCAUAAAUUACGAUGAUCAAAAUGAUGUAGAUAAACAUACCGAUAGACUUAUUUUAGCGGCGUUCUUCAAAAUUCUCGAACUCGGAAAAAAUCAUAUGGAAAGGGCUGACGGACAAGUAUAGGAUAGAUGGAUGAAAAUAAUUGGUUUUAAAACAGAAAGACAAUAUUACAUAAGUAUAGACAUACUUGAUGGUGCAAAAUGUCUUAGAUAAUCAUAGUUUGUAUUAUUCCAUCUUUCUUUGCAAUGUAUGAUAACUCUAUUUUCAUCAAUGAAACUUUUUGCAUAUGUUUUAAAUUUAGUUCAUUGUGUCCAGCCAAAACAUGCAUAAAUGUUUAAGUACCUUUCAUCAAAAUAAGUGUUAUUUUGCCCUUUUUAUUACAUAGUACACUUAUAUUUUCAUUUUCAUAAACUAUUUGAUUAAAAUUAAUGAUUAAAUAUUUGAAAGCCAAACGAUAAUGUGCAUAAUCUAAGGAAUACUUUUUACGAUAUUUAAGUUUGAAAUGCGUAUUUCUUUUGCAGCUAAUUUCAAAUGUUUCGAUACCUUAGCUUGUACAAUCUUGCAUAUCAAAUUAGAAACGUCAGAUAGUGUCGGUUUGUUCUGCCUCAUUCAUUUCUUUUAAAUAAGUCCGUCACCCAUUCCAAUCAUAUUGAAUCUACUUUUGCUGUGUUAAAACAUGCUUUUACAGAUUGCAUAUCAUUCCCAUUCCAUUAAUAUUAUAUAAACGACUAUAAUUUAAAUAUUUCACUUUAUAUGUAGCAUGAUAAUAGCAUCAUUAAGCUGUAUAAUUAUGUUGCUGCUUUUUAAUCGUAUGUAUUUCUUUUUACUGAAUAAUAAUGCAGUUCCAUUUAAGUUAGUUGGCAUGACGAAAAUAGAAAGUUUUGUCCGACAUGUGUGUACCAUUUGUAGGUCUUUACCAAUAUUUUUUGUGCUUUUUUAAAGCAUCCCCUUUCGGCCUUUUUCAUCUUUUUAUUGUGCAUAUAGACCCAAAUAUGAAAAAAGCGUGAUUUUUAAAUAUAUUUCUUAGCAUAUUUUAUCAUCUUGUGAAGAUGUUUUCCAUGUAAGUGCUGCACUUGAUCUGUGUUAGAAAUUUUAAUUUUCUGUUUUUGAUCAAUAGAGCGGCUUUAAAAUUAAAUCUGAUACAUAAAAAUAUAAGCAAGACUUUUCAGUUUGAUAAAUGUUUUUCUUUAAAGUUAAACAACACAGUCGAAAAGUUUCCGAUGCUUAAGUCGUUACACAAAUUAAUAUUAUUUUAAAUAUGAAAUAGAUAUAAGAAUUAAUGCAAGUUUAAUGCUUCAGCUAGUAAGUGGUGGCUACUGUAAAACAUCAAAAAUGCUUCUACAUAUACUACCCAGCUUUUGAUAAACACCAAAAGUUUCUCACAAUACUAUAAAAAGUAAAGCAAAUCAUUUAGUUAACAUAGUUUCAUUAAAAAUGUUUGGAGAUUACCCUAAACUUAAAAGCAUUCAACCCGCGUUUUAUCUGGGUUUUUUUUAGUGACAGCAGAUACACAUUAUUGUUUUUAUACACUGAUACUACAAAUUCAAGAUACCAAUUGUAAGGCACAUCCUUCAGGGGCAUAGCGGAGGCAGAUAA